CUUGAAUUUAAGAUUUGGAAAGCUAAAAUCUUCAAAUCGCCCAAAAUCUUGAAUUCACGAUUUUGGAAAGCUAAAAUCUUUAAGACGGACAAAAUCUUGAAUUCACGAUUUUGGAAAGCUAAGGUCUCGCAAUCGGCCAAAAUCUUAAAUUAAGGAUUUUUAAAAGCUAAAACCUUGAAAUCGGCCAAAAUCUUACAUUUAGGAUUUUGGAAAGCUAAGAUCUUGACAUUGGUUAAAAUUUUAAAUUGAGAGUUCUGGAAAGUUAAAGUCUUGGAAUCCGCCAAAAUCUUGAAUUCAGGAUUUUGGAAAGCUAAGAUCUUGAAAUCUGCGGAAGUCUUGUAUUGAGAAUUUUGGAAAGCUAAGAUCUUGAAAUCGCCCAAAAUCUUGAAUUUAAGAUUUGGAAAGCUAAAAUCUUCAAAUCGCCCAAAAUCUUGAAUUCACGAUUUUGGAAAGCUAAAAUCUUUAAGACGGACAAAAUCUUGAAUUCACGAUUUUGGAAAGCUAAGGUCUCGCAAUCGGCCAAAAUCUUAAAUUAAGGAUUUUUAAAAGCUAAAACCUUGAAAUCGGCCAAAAUCUUACAUUUAGGAUUUUGGAAAGCUAAGAUCUUGACAUUGGUUAAAAUUUUAAAUUGAGAGUUCUGGAAAGUUAAAGUCUUGGAAUCCGCCAAAAUCUUGAAUUCAGGAUUUUGGAAAGCUAAGAUCUUGAAAUGGGCAAAAAUCUUGAAUUGAAGGAUUUUGGAAAGCUAAGAUCUUGAAAUCGGCCUAAGCCUUGAAUUCUUUAUUUUGAAAUCCUAAGAUCUUGAAAUCGACCAAAAUCUUGAAUUCACGAAUUUGGAAAGCUAACAUCUUGAAAUCGGCCAAAAUCUUGAAUUCCGGAUUUUUAAAAGCUAAGAUCUUGACAUCGGCUAAAAUCUUAAAUUCAGGGUUCUGGAAAGGUAAAAUCUUGAAAUCCGCCAAAAUUUUGAAUUCAGGAUUUUCCAAAGCUAAUAUCUUGAAGACGGCCAAAAUCUUUAAUUCCGGAUUUUGGAAAGCUAAGAUCUUGAAAUCGGCCAAAAUCUUGUAUUCAGGAUUUUCCAAAGCUUAA